AUGACUGGAAAAAUUCUCGCCACACUUGGUUCCAUCCCGUUUGUGAACCCGCAACGCGCCGAGGGGGUUGCGAUUACCGGCGGCAACGACCCGAUCCUGCCAACGCCCUUCCACAUCGGGGAGACCGCCGCAGCCAGCCUGGCUGCUGUCGGCCUGGCGGUUUCAGACCUCUGGGAGCUGCGGACGGGGCGUCGCCAGGAGAUCAAAGUCGACGCCCGCCAGGCCACCGCCUCGCUGCGCAGCAGCCAGUACAUGGCUAUGGAUGGAGCCUCGGUAGCCCGCGAGCGUCCCUCAGUAAUGGGUGUGUAUCCGGCCAAAAACGGCCGCUGGAGCUAUCUCCACUGCAAUUUCCCCAACCACCGCGGAGACGCUGCAAUGCGCGUCUUGGGCGUUGAGGAAGACCGCGAGGCAUUUCGUCGCGCGGUGGCUCAGUGGGACGCCAUGGAAUUGGAAGACGCCAUUAUCGCAGCAAACGGGCGCCAGGCCGAUGGUGGCGCUCCAUUGUCGGCAUGGGCACACACACCUCCUCAAGCCGUCCGCAGUCGCUUCUUUGCCCUUGCUGGAAAUAGAGAAGAUCGGCGAUAG